CGGAAUUCUAUUGCUAUGGCACCGCCCCCGCCACUUCCGCUACGAACCCAGAAGUCCCUCCCCGACGCCGGAAGUCCCGAGGCCUUGCUUCCUCAGGGGCUUCCCCCACCCCGACGCGGAGACUUGCUUCCGGCCCUGGGUGGGCGCCGGCGGCAUUCCCGGUGCGCUCCGGAGCGGUGUCACGGGAGCACCGUACUCCCGGACGCCGGUGCCGGAAGCUCAGAUCGCGGCCGUACUUGGGUAGCGCCGGGCCGGGCGCGAGGCCCGUGUGGGGCCAUGAACGGGACCGUAAACCCGCUGCUGGACCGCGAGGAACACUGCCUGCGGCUGGGGGAGAGCUUCGAGAAGCGACCGCGAGCCUCCUUCCACACCAUUCGCUAUGAUUUUAAGCCAGCAUCUAUAGAUACUUCCUGUGAAGGAGAGCUUCAGGUUGGCAAAGGAGAUGAAGUCACAAUUACGCUGCCACAUAUCCCUGGAUCCACACCACCAAUGACUGUGUUCAAGGGGAACAAACGGCCUUAUCAGAAAGACUGUGUGCUUAUUAUUAAUCAUGACACUGGUGAAUACGUGCUGGAAAAACUCAGUAGCAGCAUUCAGGUCAAGAAAACAAGGGCUGAGGGGAGCAGUAAAAUCCAAGCCCGGAUGGAACAGCAGCCCACUCGACCCCCGCAGCCAUCACAGCCGCCACCGCCACCGCCACCGCCACCACCUAUGCCGUUCAGAGCUCCAACGAAACCUCCAGUUGGACCCAAAACUUCCCCCUUGAAAGAUAACCCUUCACCUGAACCACAGCUGGAUGACAUCAAAAGAGAGCUGAGGGCUGAAGUUGACAUUAUCGAACAGAUGAGCAGCAGCAGUGGGAGCAGCUCCUCAGACUCGGAGAGCUCCUCAGGAAGCGAUGACGACAGCUCCAGCAGCGGAGGCGAGGACCGUGGCCCCGCGUCGCCACCGCCUUCACACCAGCAGCCCUCUAACAACAGGCCGGCCAUCGCCAACGGAACCAGUCGGCCACAAGGAAGCAACCAGCUCAUGAACACCCUCCGAAAUGACUUGCAGUUGAGUGAGUCAGGCAGUGACAGUGAUGAUUAGAGCUGGAUCUUUCAAAAUCAACUUUUUGGUGCACAAAUACGCUGCAAGACCAGGCCACCCUGCAUGGAGUCCAUCGCCAAGAGGAAAACGUUGUGGAUCAGUGACUAUAGUAGAAGCUGGACCUCUCAGAUAUUCAAAUCUUUAACUUAAUGUAAUGGUGAUGGAUGAUUUUCUUGUGUAAUUUUUGAACAAUCUCAUGUUUCAAAGUUUAAGUAGUUCUAUAGAAGAACUGACAGAAUUAUAUUUCUAUUUGGUUAACACUGUUAAUGAAAAACAGACAAAUGUGCCCUGGUCUAUAGGUUACUCAAAGGCCAUAUAUAUGUUCACCAAGCCAGUGAUUCAGUUUUAAACCUCAGCAGUCACCAGUUUGGCCAAGUGGUAUGCACCAGUAAAAUGAAACAGUCUUUGAGGGGUAGGAAAGGGAGGGAAACCUCAAACUGCAGCAUAGAAGUAUGUUAAAACCACUUUAAGUUGUGGGCACAAAGUGGUAAGGAAGUUUUGUCGGAACCAGCCUGACGCGGCUAUGUGGAAACGGACUUCAAGAUGGAGUCGAGUGUCAGCUGGACGGGACCCUGGGGCUCUGGCAGUUCAAACCCCUCACUUACAAACAAGGAAAGUGAAGCACACAGCUGGUUCAUGGCCACUGCUCACUUACUGGAACCAGAGAUUCUUACACAUGGGACUUAACACAUGGACAUUGGAGCUUUUAUUGGGCACGUCUAGCUCCAAUUCCGAAGCAGACAGUCCCCACAUACAUGAGGCUGGGUGGGCAGAUUAACGGGCAGCCAUUGUGCUGACACGUGACUCAGAUGGGGGCUCUCAGUUCUUCACUCGGUGGGUUUUAGUGGGGGACGCAGGAGAGGAAGAGAGGUGUGAUGAAGAAACCUAUCUGAACCAACGAACCAGCCAAUAGGUUUUCAAAAACCAGGUUCUAGAUAGGAGUUCUGCAAUAUGAAAUGAGCACAUGCUUUUGAUAAGGUAUUUCUGUUCGUGCUUUUGUACCACUGUUUGUGCCUGACUCCCGCACUGAUGAGUAUUUUUAUACACAGCUAGAAGAAAGUCACAAGAUUGCCUUCUGGGGAGUGCAGUUUCCAAGUGAGUCUGUUGUUGCAGGAAACUGGUCCCUCACUAGUAAAUGUUCCAUAUUGAGUGAAUGUGUGAUAAAUUGUCUCAUAAUUAGGAUGGGGUAUCUCACUUCUGUAAUUUGAAUGAAUGUGUCCUGAGAAAUUUCCAUCUACUUUGGUUGGGUGGGUAUCAAGAACAUUAAAUAUGAUUUUACUUGCUGGGGUCCCUCCACUCAGAUGGUCUCUCCCUCCCCAGCUAGGGAAGGAAAGCAGUCUGGACCUAGAAAGGAAUUCGAUCCACGGUGGGGCCUGCCCUUACAGUUGAGCCUUGUAGAGUCACCUGUUUCCAUCACGUAGCGACCCCAGUGAGCUGGAGGUGGGGACUGGCAGCCGUUGUCCAGCCGCACACACACCACUCCAGCAAGUGUAGGCGACAGGUGCACACUCGUACCCUCUGGGGGGUUCUCAGCCCAUCCUGAGGUGUCAGUGGGUUUAAUGGCAGGUAGGAACUUAUUUAUAAUGAAUUGAUAAUUGCUUUAUAAUUCCUUGGUAAUAACAGCUCAGGGAGGGUGAUGGCUGUGAUUGGGAGACUUGAAUUGUUACUGGAUGUGGGAAUGUUUCACUGCUCUUAACUUGCUCAAGCUGGGGCAGGUUCCAGGAACUUGAACUAAAAAUAUCUAUUUAAGCCUUUUUUUUCCUCCCAAAGUCUUCACAUAUAUAGACAGAACUGUGGUUUUGGGCAUGUCGGGUAAAGAUGUUUGUUUCUAUAGGAAAUGCUUGUAUGUGGCACUGGGUUUGGCGAGUCAAGCUCUCUGAGCUUCAGCCUCUCCCGUCAUCCAUCCUACCUGAGCCUGCCGCUUGUCCUCUAGCAUAGCUCCAGUUUGGUUCUCUGCACAAAGCUUUUGGGGGUUCCCUCCCCCCACACGCCAGCUUUACCCACCAGAAUAAGGAAUCAUUUCUUUUUGGAAAUCAAGAAUUUGGCCUUACAGACUACUUCUCAUGAGUACUCUCUUGCCAGCCAAACUGGACUUGUUCUUCCUGCCUCUGUGCCUUCUCAUCUCUCCUCCGCCCCCUCUCCCCUGCCAAACUGUGGGUGCCAUUGAAAAGAGGUUCGUUUCAAUUGACUGCAGUACUGUGUGCACAUACUGACCUUCUCCUUGCUUGAGCUCUGGUUAGUCUGAACUCCUUCAAAGCAGGGACCGCUAUUCUCAUCUCUAUCCCCUGGGGGCUCCACAGGAAUAGAUAGAUAUUCCAGAUGCUUAUAGCCUGGUGGGGAGGAGGCAAGGAGAACCAACCGGUGGAAUAGAGAGGGUAGACAUACAUAGAGAAAACAUUCCAGGCAUUUGGAGACAGCUGAAAACUAUCCAUGCUAAUUUGCAUAAUUUUGAAAUUUCUAACUGAAUUGUUAAAAUUGCCUUUUUGUUCUAUACGUCUACCAAACUGUGGGUCAUUAGGCGAGGUGUGAAGACUUAAGUCUGAAGUAUCUAAGGAGCCAUGGCAAACCACAGCAAAGACGUGAUUUGGGAAAACAAUACAAACAAACUAGAGAUUUGUAAUGUUGCCACUCAUUAACUAUUUCUGUAGCAGAAUCAUUUUUUCUAUGUGUGGUAUUAAUAUGUAUGUGCUUCAAUAGUGGGAAAACUUGAAAAUUCCACAAUCCUUACUUCCCUAUUUGAGAGGCUGGUUAAAUAGGGUGUGAGUGUGAGUGUGCGUGUGUGUGUGUGUGUGUGUGUGUGUGAGAGAGAGAGAGAGAGAGCGAGAGAGAGCGAGAGCGAGAGAGAGCGAGAGAGAGAUAUUUAUUACAUUAUUUUGAAAGAGUAAUACUCUGACAUGUGGAUAUAGAUUAGGUACAGCCAAAUUGGAUGCUUCCAUUUGGCAAGGAAGGUAGGAUUUCCGAAACUCAGGCCUUAACCAGUAGGUUGGAAGACAAGACCAAUUGAAGCUUUACGAAAUGUGUGUUUUUGUUGCUCCUGUUAUUUCUGUCUUGGAUUCAUUGUCUCAUUCUUAAAUGAUUUUUAAAAUUUUGUGCUUAAAAGUUUAUUUUGCUUAAUUAUGAAGUAGACGUGCAUGUUUACAUUUAUGUAAAA